UUCAAAGUGUUCGGUUCGGGACACGAGUGUUUUAACAUAAAAAAAAUAACAUCCCUAGCAAAUAUGUCACUAAAAUACUAUGUCUUGCAGAUUUUGAUUGCGGCGGCAGUGCUGAUCGCGUUGUGCGGAGCUGAUGUUUCGGAAAUAAAAGCAGACAAAAUUGAACUUCCAUUCAAUGACUUACUGCCACCCCUGCAAGAUGAAACGAGCACCACCUCCACCACGACGACCACAACUUUGAAGCCAACCAUAACGUUGGCCACGAAGCCCACCAAGAAAUCGUAUUACCAAAAGCCAACUGGGUUGGUCAAGGAUGAGACGCCAAAGCCUCAGCUUUCCCUGGAUCUUCUGCCACCUUUCGAAGAUGAACCCAAGCCAGCGGAGGAAAAGCCCCAGCCAGUGGUGGAAACUACGCCAAAGCCUGUGCUCAAGGUCACUCAGCCGACCGUUGUUAAGGUUGCUCAACCUAUCAUUCCCAAGGUCACUCCACCGGUAGCUCCCAAAGUCAUCCAGCCAGCUGUUCCCAAAGUCGCACAAUCAGCAGUUCCCAAGGUCAUCCAUGCCGCUGCUCCCCGUCCGCAGUACUCCGUUCAUCCCGCACCACAAGUCGUUGUUCAAAACCACCAAGGUCCUGAUUUCAGGAGCAGGUUCCAGUCCCGAUUCUCCAACUACUUCCUUACCAGCACCGUGCGGCCAAGACGCGGUCCUUUGCCCACGAUCACGCCCUUUCCUCGCUACGUCAGACUGUAGGAAUUCUUUUUUAAUUAGACUAGAUAAGCAUCCAUUCAAAGGCCAAGUCAAGACAUAAAAUAAAUAAGAUACGAAGCGACAAACACUGAGAUAAUGAGUGGAAACUAUGCGGUAUUAUUUAAAAGCGACUCUUGAGCAUGGAACUCACAACAAAAUAUUCAAACGUUCCGAAUGUUGAUGGAUCUUAAAUAAUUUAUGAAUGAAUUAAAGUCAACAUUUUGGAUCACAGUAGAAUAUAUAUUGACAUUUUGCCAGGUCAGGUUAUCUGUUUUAAACUAACACCUUUACUAUGAUAUUGAAUAUAUAAUAAAAUCAUAUAUAUUGUUAAGAAAAAUCUUGUAUUAUUUCUAAUCAAAAACAUAUUAUUGUGAGGUAGCUUGCAAUUUUACC